AUGGCAGUAACCGCAGUACUUCUAGCAUUUCUCGGUGUAUUAUUAUCAAUAUUUUAUUAUUGGUCACAAUAUAAAUUCGAUUAUUGGGAGAAACGAAAUGUUCCGCAUCUACAACCGACUCCGCUGUUUGGGAAUUACAAAGAAUACAUACUAAUGAAGAAAUUUCUCACGGAAGUCGUUAAUGGAAUAUGCGAAAAAUUUCCAAAAGAACCAUACUUUGGUGCGUUCAUGGGAACAGAACCAGCGUUAAUUGUUAAAGAUCCAGACUACAUAAAAUUAAUCCUAACAAAGGACUUCUACUAUUUCAACAGCCGAGAAAUUGCCGAGUACUCACAUAAAGAAGUCGUAGGUAGAAAUAUAUUCUUUACUAGUGGCGAUAAUUGGAAGAUUUUACGGCAAAACGUAACUCCCUUAUUUUCUUCAGCGAAAAUGAAGAAAAUGUUCUACCUCAUAGAGGAAUGCUCAGGCAACCUUGAUAAAGUCUUAUUCGAUUUGAGCAAAGAGCCUAACGUCGAGGUAAGAGCUUUAAUGUCAAGGUUUACAAUUGACUGUAUUGGAUCCUGUGCUUUUGGUGUUAAAACGGAGGCAAUGAAACUUGACGAAAGUAACAACCCAUUCGUGGAAAUAGGUCGAAAGAUUUUUGAGACCUCUAACGUCAGAGGUAUUAAAGCUAUCAGCCGACUUAUCUGGCCUUCAAUUUUCUACAAUUUAGGUUUCAAAGCCUUUCCAUCAGAGGCUCCAGAAUUUUUCAGCAAACUUCUCACAAAUGUAUUUGAACAGCGUCAAUAUAAGAAUUCAGGCAGACAUGACUUUGUUGAUUUAGUAUUGGGUCUGAGGGCUGAAAAAGUUUUAACAGGUGACAGUAUCAGUAACUUAAAGGGUGAAAAGAAGAAAACAACACUGGAAGUCAAUCAUGAUCUAUUAUCUUCCCAGUGUGUACUGUUCUUCGCAGCUGGAUUUGAAACAUCGGCUACCACACUGAGUUUUAUGCUUUUUGAAAUGGCAAAGAAUCCAGAAAUACAAAAACGAGUGUUAGAGGAAGUAGACGGUUAUUUUUUGAAGUACAAUAAACUAUCGUACGAAUGUGUAAGUGAGACGCCUCUCCUGGACGCAUGCAUCAAUGAAACAUUAAGACUGUAUCCCGUAAUUGGUGUUUUGACAAGAGAACUUGUUGAAGAUUACAAACUACCUUCUGGAGUUCUUUUAAAUAAAGGUAUGCGUAUUCAUAUACCAGUUCAGCAUAUACAACGGAAUCCGGAACAUUUCCCUGACCCAGAUGUCUUCAGGCCUGAAAGGUUUAUGGGCAAUGAAAACGAAAUUAUCAAACCAUUCACCUAUAUGCCGUUUGGAGAAGGUCCUAGAACAUGUAUUGGAAUGAGAUUCGCCAAGAUGCAAAUAACAGCAGGCCUUCUUACGAUUCUGAGAAAAAUUCAAGUUGAACUGGCACCUGACACCGAUAUGACAGUGGAAUUAGAACCACGCUCGCUGACCACUCAACCCAAACAUGGAAUAAAUUUAAAAUUCGUACCAAGAGAAAUAUCUUGCUGA